AUGACAAGCGUGGAUAAAGGUGCGCCGCCGAAAGAUGAGGAGGUCAGCGAUACAUAUGAGUCCCAGUCUGGGGAAUCGCAUCCAGUAAAAUGGUAUCGCUCGACGUUCUACAAUGCCCUCGUUCUGGGGCUUUGCAACCUCCUAGCUCCCGGUAUCUGGGGAGCGAUGAACUCCCUGGGUGGAGGAGGCGAAGAAAAGCCCUACCUCGUCAACGCAGCAAACGCCCUAACAUUCUGUCUCAUGGUUGUAUCUUGCUUCCUGGGCAGUGUUGUCGUUCGAUUUAUCGGCAUCAAGUGGACCUUGAUAAUUGGAACAAUGGGUUAUGCGCCGUACGCCGCGGGACUAUACACAAACAAUCGCUUCGGGGAUUCGUGGCUCGUGAUUCUGGGUGCGGCGCUUUGCGGUAUCUCGGCGGGUAUUUUCUGGAUGGCCGAAGCCGCGAUCGCGCUUUCUUAUCCUGAGCCAUAUAAUCAAGGUCGCUUUUUGGGAUUCUGGUUAAGUUUCCGUGUUGGAGGGCAGAUCUUGGGUGGCGCGAUCAGCUUGGGCAUCAAUGCGAAUCGUUCGACUGCGGGAAGUGUGUCAUAUACCGUGUAUAUCAUCUUCAUUGUGCUUCAGGCUUUGGGUCCAUUUGCUGGAUUGCUUCUGAAUACACCGUCCCAGGUGCAGCGAAAGGAUGGGGUUCCUGUGCGACUGAAAGUGAACAACAGUGUCGGGUUUGAGCUCAAGCAGAUGACCAAGUUGUUCUUGAGUCGCAAGUUCCUGUUGAUCAUUCCAUUUAUCUGUCAGGCUGUCUAUACUGAAGCCGUGAUGUUCUCGUAUGAGGACCUGUGGCUCACCGUGCGAUCACGAGCUCUCGGCUCCUUUCUCAGUGGAAUUGUUGCGCUGAUAGCAGGAAAUGUUCUGGGGGCAUUCCUCGACAACAAGUCCAUUUCGCUCAAAACACGGACUAGAGCUGCCUUUUUCUUUGUCGUUGGCUGGCAAGGAAUCUGCUGGAUAUGGGCCACGAUCAACACCACCGAGUUCAACAAGACAAACCCAGUGUACGACUGGGUUGAUCCUGGUUUUGGAAGAGCAUUCGCGCUUUUCCUAUUCUGGGUUGCUGGGUUCCAACUCAACUAUAUGUAUCUAUUCUUCUUGGUCGGCAACUUGGCGGAUGAUGAUGAGGAAGUUGUCCGAAUUGCCGGUUUGUUACGUGGAACUGAGUCUGCUGCACAAGCUGUCAGUUAUGGUCUCAGCAGUGUGACGAUCAUGGCCGCCGUGGGAAGUGUUUACCUCAACUUUGUCCUGUGGGCAAUUGCUAUCCUGCCGGCGUGGCUCCUCGUGAAAGAGGUUGGAACGCUUUUUGGAGAUAAGAAACUUGAAAGAGAGGCUCGAGCUCUGCGAGAGCCAUCUGACACUGAGUAG